CAGAGAGGAGAGGCCGCGCAGGCGCACAGGCUGCUGAAACUGACAGGCAAGGCAGUGCAGCAUUCUCAUCGUUCAGCGGAUUUAAGCGUAUCUUUACCCAUCGAGCAUCCACUGCAAGUGUACCUGAAGAGGUAGAUCGCAUAUCAAUCAUCCUUUCCAGUAAAAAAUCAGCCCAAACAUGUCCGUGGGUGGCGACUUUGGGAACCCUUUAAGAAAAUUCAAACUCGUUUUUCUGGGGGAGCAAAGCGUCGGAAAGACAUCUCUGAUCACACGAUUCAUGUAUGACAGCUUUGACAACACAUAUCAGAGUGGUGCUCUCCCUGCGGCAGCCCUCAUUGCCAAGGAAACCAAGAGCACAGCCUGCGUGUUUGAGAUGCAGAUUCUAGAUAAAUUCAGCAGGCAGGCCAGAGCUCCCUGCUGGGUGGCUGAUGUAAAGAGCCUGAGAGUGCGAAGUCAGUCAUGCACGUGUUUUCCUAUGUGGGUCGUUGACACUGUAAUGUGUCCCCUAUUCUCAACAGAUGUGAAUUCAUUCCAGCAGACUUCCAAAUGGAUAGACGAUGUCAGGACAGAAAGAGGGAGUGACGUCAUCAUCAUGUUAGUGGGCAACAAAACAGACCUGGCGGAUAAACGGCAAAUUACAAUUGAAGAAGGAGAGCAGAGAGCCAAAGAGCUGAAUGUAAUGUUCAUUGAGACCAGUGCAAAGACAGGCUACAAUGUUAAACAGCUGUUCCGACGUGUGGCAGCAGCACUCCCCGGAAUGGAGAGCAUGCAGGAGACGAGCAAAGAAGGCAUGAUUGACAUCAAGUUGGACAAACCACAGGAGCCCCAGACCAGCGAAGGCGGGUGUUCUUGUUAAUACGCAGUACUGGAUUGGGUAGCUUCAUUCACACCACAUGCUUGUUGUGUUGCUUCCUAUUGGUUGGCUUCCAGUUGAUUUCUCAGAUUGGGUAUUUGGCCUCUCCAUCUGACUAUUGACUAUUGGUUGGAACUAGUGUUAUUUAAAUCUUCUGUUGUAAAAUAAUGUACUUUACUAACUGCAUUGCCAAAAAACGUCUUAAAAAUUAAAAAGAAAAAAGCAGCCAAACU